GCCAGGUCCCGCUUUUCUGGUGCUGGCGCCGCCUGCAUCGCUGGUCCUGUGACUCUGCUCUUCAUGCUUUGCAUCCCGAUGGGCCGCGCUGCCCACAACCCCCCAGCCUUCCUCUCGGGCAAUGCGGGCCACGCCAGCCCCCGAUCUGCGGAUAUGUCGUCUCCAGCACCCCCCGGAGCCGUCACGGCUGGUGUCGCCGCCCAGCCAUCGCCCCGGCGUCUGUCCAAUGCCCAGGAUUCGUCGCACAGGGCUCUGGCGGGCUCGGUGUCGCCCUCCUAUCUUCACCACAGCAAUCGGGCCAACUCCUGUCCCGGCUCGUUCAAUUCGUCCUUUGACACCGGGCCCCCGCCAGCCACCCUCAAGGCCUCGAAAUCGUUCAAUUCCCUCUCCAUCGAAGCCAUUCCGGAGGCGGCAGGCCCAAUGCAUCCUGGGCUGCGUCGAGCAUCGAGCAACCUGAACAACAACUUGGACAGCAACCUGCCGGUUGCGCCCGACGACGGAGCCAUGGCGAUGACCCGACAACCAGGCGCCGAUCCGGCAGACCGAGAGGGCGCUGUGCUUCUCUAUGACCCCCACGACUCCGUCUUUGCUGAUAACGACAUAGAUGACGAUCUGAUCAUCGAGAGCAUGAGUCAGCUGGAGAGGGAUGGCGCCAUUCCUCAUGCCGGGGCAUCUUGGAUCGUCGACACCGAGCGAGCUCUUGUCUUUGAGCAGCCACUUCCCAUUAACAAUCGGCACGGAAGCUUCGUCACUGGGCUUCCACAGCCCACCAACUCCAAGACCGGCAUGACCGUCCAGCCCAAGCCCGAGCCCAAGCGAGAGAUCAAGCAGCAGACCAAGGACAUGGCCGGAACUCUGGUAAAAGCCCCUUUGUUCAAUAACCCCGAUCCCGGAAAGCGAUUGAAAAAGAAUCCCAAACGAGAACUCGAUUCAAAAACAAAGCCGAGCACUGCAACUCUCUUCAGCGAUGCCGAGUCAAACUCGCAGCGUCAGUUGAUGAUACGGACACAGUCAUAUAACAAAGACGCCAAGAAUCGCAAAGUCGAUGCCGCACACCAUACGGAUCUAAUCGGAUUUCCAAGCGAAAGGACCUUCGGUGUCGACAUUCUGCCCGAUGAAGCGGGCUACCGGGUCAUCAAUCAGCCCAAGAAGCGGAAGCUGGAUGGAAAGCUGCCGUUUCCACCCACUUCAUCCCACGGUGCAGACAUGUCGGUCCAACGAGCGAAAUUGAAGAACAAGGUGCUGGACCAGGAGCUCAUCAAUCCCAGCUGUGCGACUGUGGUGCCAUCAACCGAUAUUGGUCCACAGCAUUCGCCCAAAAUCUCCAAGACCAACGUUUCUGCCGAGGCAAAUGCGGUCCCCAAACGGGGACACAUAACCCCGACAAGCGAGCUCAUGCCCCGCCACAUUCGCUUUGCUCUCAGUGUCAUCAGUCCGAUCGGGUCCAUGACCACGGGAUACGAACCGGAUCGUGAGUCUGCUCUACUCAGCUAUUUGGUCGGCCAAUCGACUCACGCGGGUAGUUCAGAAUCCGUACCAGCCGAUUACAAACUUCACGCCAUCCGAUUCGUCAAGACUCUGUCGACAAUUUCGCGAUAUUCGGGCGCCAAGCUGACGACGCUACUCCCAGCCCUCAUCCCUCUCAUAACUUUUGCAUACCAAAGCCAUUUGCACGAGCCACUUUUGUUUUUCAUCCAGACCCUGAAGCAGCUGCUCCAAGCAUGUUCGAGUGUCCGAAUGUGGGUGGUUGAGCGAAUCGCACUCGAUCAGGCAACCCAAGAUACCCCUUGCAGCAUCGCCUCCACAAUCCGAAAUAUGGUUGACCAACUUUGGUGUCGCGAAUCGAAACAACAGCGGGACAAAGACGGUCUCCACGGGAUUGUUGAGGAUCUGAUGGCGAUCCUGAAGAUCCUGGCCGCAGAGAGCGCAUUUUUUUCCGUGGACGAGAGACAUCGCUUGCUCAUCCCUGUGCAAAGCAUCCGUGACCUGACACACCCCAAGCAACCCUUGUUCGUUCUCGCACCGUCGUUGGAAUGGAUAUCGCUCCUAGCUAAAUAUCCCGUGGUGCUGCAAGAUUUGAUGGGCACCGACAGCCAGCUUCUCCUCAAGCUGCUGGGUCGUGCACAAGUUGAAAACGACACAGCCGAUCCGCAACGCAUCAGAUUCAAGAAGGCUGUGCUGAGUCUCGCUCACUCUGCGCUCGAAUCGCACUCACACAUCGACGAUCCCACCCAGCUGCAAGGCGAGGUCCUCGUGCAUCUCGUUUCGUUGCUGCAACGCGAACAUACCGAUCUUGUGCAGUCGGGGUCCACCGGCGGCUCCGUGGUCCUGGAGAUGGUUCAGCUCUUCCAUACACUCGCUGCUGCGCGGCGACUCGAUGCGUUUGUCAUUGGUCGCUCGUCGCAUGUGUAUGCCUUGAUAUCAAUCAUGGGUCGGAUCGUCGGAGAAACAGAGGAGCACCGGCAUCUGCCGUCGGCAACAGUGGAGUUGGCCCGAGAGGUCCUCGACCAGAUUGCGCACGGCGAAUGGGAGUCCAUUGCCCAGACUGUCUUUCCCGAGGCCAUGAUUAUCACACACUCUCAGUCCAUCCAACUCCCAAUAUAACACAUGCAUGAGUGA